AUGGGUUCCAUGCCAACUCCCCUGCGCGUCGCCAUCGUCAAGGCGUACGACCUGGAGGAGCCCAAGCACAGGGGCAUGGUCCAGUCCUUCCGCGACAACAUCCGCCGCCACGUCCCGGACGCCCUCGUCGACGCCUACCAGCCCAUGGCAGACAUCCGAGACCUCCCCGAGCCCGCCAACUACGACCUCAUCAUCAUCACCGGCGGCCUGAGCAACCUGUGCCAGGCCCCCUCGUGCUACGAGCCCUGGGUCAACGCCGUGCUCGAGUGGAUCCGCGGGGUCGUCUCGACGCAGCCCAUCACCAGGACGAAGCUCAUGGGGGUGUGUUGGGGGCAUCAGGCUAUUGCUACCGCGUUGUCUGGGUCUAUUGGCAGCUUCGAGUUCCCCAGGGUCGGCGUGGAAGAACUCCCUCUCAACCAAGACGGACAAGCCCUCUUCGGCAAAAACUCCAUCAAAAUCACAAAGUUCCACAAGCGCUUCGUCAAAGACGUCCCCGCGGGCUUCAGGCCACUGGCCCCCGACAACGAGAUCCUCUUCGCGGACUCGGGGCUCGUGCUCUCCAUGCAGGGCCACCCGGAGAUCCAGGGCGAGCUCGCGCGGCAGCUGUUCGACCACGACGUGGCGUAUUACCGGCAGACGCUGCCGACGGAGGAGGACCUGCAGCGCUACUUUGCGCAGAUGAACGACAGCAAGGAGGACGGCGAGCUCAUUUUCAAAAAGGUCGCGGCGUGGGCUGCUUCAUGA